CUCGCCACCCUCCGCCGCACCCUCGCCGCCAGCAUGCCGUCCGCCAGCAAGCCGUACAUGGUCAUCUUCAAGAACAGCGCGCCCAAGUCGGCCAUCGAGCAGGAGAUCAAGGCCAUCGAGGAGGCCGGCGGCACCCUCAAGCAGCGCUUCGACAGCGACAUCAUGCGCGGCUUUGCCGCCGCCGUGCCCGAGACGUACGCCAAGGGCCUCGAGGCCAAGAGCGUCAACGGCCAGCACGAGCACAUCGAGUACAUUGAGCCCGACUCGGAGGUCAAGACGAUGUAGGGCGCCGGUGCACAGUCAAUGAGAGCCACAUAGACCCAGCUCUCCUCUCGUGCCUCAGACAGCUCGACGCGGGCACACCGGAGCAGCAGUGAUGGUGGCACGUCAGAGGUUCAUUGUCAGGAGAGCGGACAGGUGGCUGGGUGGGGUAACGUGAAGCGAUCGAAGCCUCGGCAGCGACGAGCGAGGGCUAGGGCCAUGGCAGAAGCAUCGGGGCGCUGAGCUUGCGGAGAGCCAAGCUACUUGGAGGUAGAGGCGCGCGCGCUUCACAGACCAGGUGGAGCGGAAGAGGGGGGAAAGGAAGGUGUGACGGAAUGCCGCAGGCUUGAGUGGCGCACGAACUGGGCAGCU